CCGGUGCCUAAAUGUGUUACAGUAUGGAUUUGAUGUAAUGCUCGAAGUUCAGGAAACGCUUUGCUUAACUUUCAAUUGCAAGAUCACAUGAAAUAGUACCCGUUUUAAUUGAAUGUCAUAUUUUUGUCGGGGGAGAUUGUUCUCGUACAUUUUGCGUUAUAUGUCGUGGGUUGUCUGCAAGCAAGUGGUAGCCUACAGUAACGUUUAUUGGCAGUUAUUUUUGGACACUGACUGAUCUAGUUAGGGACAAGAGGUACCGGUAGUUGACAGCACGCACACGUUUUCCCAAUGACAGUGUCAAAAUGCACCCGUUUGAGCGGUCCCUUGAUAAAGAAAAUGCUUGAUUCUAUGGACAAUGUCCUCUUCGACUGUGAUGGUGUCAUCUGGCGAGGGGAUCAGGCCAUCCCUGGCACCCCUGACAUUAUCAAUCUGCUAAAGAAGAAUGGAAAGAAAGUGUUUUUCGUCACCAACAACAACACUAAAGCUAGAAAGAUGUAUGCAGACAAACUGGCGUUGAACGGAUUCAACGUGACAGAGGAUGAUGUGUUUGGAACGGCGUACUGCUCAGCAAUGUACCUCAAAAAGGUCUCCAAACUGCAUGGCAAAGUGUAUCUCAUAGGAAGCAAUGCAAUGAGGCAGGAACUAGAGAAGGUUGAGAUCCAGCAGACAGUUGUGGGGCCUGAUCCUAUAUCAGGUGUCCAGAUGGAUUGGGCCAACGUGCCACUGGACCCUGAGGUGAAGGCUGUGGUUGUUGGGUUUGAUGAACACUUCAGUUACAUGAAACUGAACAGAGCCCUGCAGUACCUCAACAAUCCUGACUGUCUACUGGUGGGAACCAACACUGACACCAGACUGCCCCUGGAAGAAGGCAAAGCUGUCCCAGGUAACGGCUGUAACCUGAAGGCUGUGGAGACCGCAGCCCAGCGCCAGGCCCAGACUGUGAGCAAACCCAACCACAUCAUGUAUGACUGUGUGGCCAGCCAGUUCGGCUUGGACAGCCGCCACUGCCUCAUGGUGGGGGACCGGCUGGACACAGACUUUCUUCUGGGGUCCAACUGUGGCCUGAAGACCCUGCUGACCCUGACCGGGGUGUCCACUGUGGCUGACGCUGAGGGCCAUCAGGAGAGUGGCUGUCCGGAGCGGCUGGGGCUGGUGCCUGACUACUACGUGGAGAGAAUUUCAGAACUCCUGCCUGCUCUACAAGGAUAACCAGUCUUAAUAGGUUUUAUCUCAGUGAGACUUGAGUCUGGGUUGAUGACGGGUUAAAAUGUAUUAAUUAUAAAAGACCAUUAAGGACUAUGUGCGUCUGAAAUCCCUGUGUGUUUCUGGGUUAUGCAUGUGAAAAUUCAGGAAUCUAAGAGAAUCAACCGCUUCUAUAAUACUAAGACUUCAGGAAACAAACUACACUAAUGUAUACAAAUCUGUACUUUAAUCCACCAUCGAAACGAAAUCUCAAUGU